AUGUCUCUGCAUGGAAACUCGUACAGACUCUUAAACAGCCCCACAGAUGGUACACACACUGGUGUCAAGAGGGAGUCCUGGAGCCAUAGGAAUCUCUCCUCUGUUCCCUGGAGCUUGGAUGAGCGUCUGAUAGAUCUGGAUUUGUCAAACAACGUGAUAAAAAACUUCAAAAUGAUUAACCUCCAAUUGCUGGAGAGGCUGGACGUAAGCUACAACCAUCUGAGUCUCAUAUACAACGGCGCGUUCAAAAACUUGGUCCGGCUCCAUGAGCUGAACCUGGCAAGCAACUUGUUGAACAACAACAUAAUGAGCAACAGUCAAGCCUUCAAAGACCUCCGUGGCCUGAGAAGUCUGGACAUCUCCAGCAACAACCUGGAUGGGGAGGCGGUAAAACAAUUCCUCAACAAUGCUGCAUCUUCACUGGAUUCGUUGACAGUCACGGGAAACGUUGUAUCAAAACUCACAGCCCAGUUCUUUGCCAACACCAAAAACCUGAGAGUCAUUAACUUGGAGAGGAACUUGAUUUCAAAAAUCGAAGAGGGAACUUUCGACCACUUGAAGAAGCUCACCGAGCUGAACUUGGCCCAGAAUAAUUUGGCUUUCAUCUGCAACUUUAAACUUUCCCAGGUGAUUCAUCUAAACCUUAGCAGGAACUCCCUUGAGUUCUUCAUAACCCAUGAAAAUGAAAAUGUGCAUCAACUGGAGGUUCUGGACUUAAGCUACAACAAUCUUCUGUACUUCCCUAUCCUGCCAAAACACAAUCACCUCACCCAUCUCCAUCUCCAAAACAACCGAUUAGGCGCUCUAACAAGGCCCGUCUCGGAAGCACGCCAGCUUUAUGAGGAUGUAACCAACAGCAAGAAUUAUACAACUGAUGACAAAUUAUUUGCAUAUGCUGACUGGCACAAUAUGUCAUUAAUUUACCUAGAUCUCAGCAGGAACCUUUUUAGAUCAUUUCCUCUAAGUAUGGUCAAAGAUCCAUGGUCCCUGCAAAUUCUGAAUAUGAGUGGCAACUGCCUGCACAACAUCAGUGUGUAUUCAUUUGGUAAAAAUGAUCAGCAGUCGGGUCUCCUAAAUUACUCCUUGCCUUCAUUGCGGCACAUAAGUCUUCAAGACAAUAAUGUACACCAUUUGCCCCCCACCUUAUCAAGUACAUUUCCCAAGAUAGAGAGAAUAGUCCUUGGAGGUAAUCGCAUAAGGCCUUGCCCCGUGGAGACGACUGGCCUCUCUGAGGUGCAGUGUGCUUCUUUCAGCAACAUUACUACACUGAAGCACCUGGACCUGCAAGACAAUAAUCUCAAACUCUUGCUUCCUGGUACAUUCGCAGACAGCCCUCUGAUCUCUCUCGAUCUGUCUGCCAACAAGCACCUGACAAUUGCCAAAAAUGCUCUGUGGGACUUGGAGAACACCCUAGAGUCUCUGAGCAUCGGAGGGAACAACAUGACAGAUUCCCAGUUUGGGUUGUCGUGUAUGGACAAAAUGAAGUUCCUGAAUGUAUCUCACAAUAAUGUCAAGAACCUCCCUGUCAUAGCAACAUGUUCCCCUUUGAUGGCGCUGGACGUGAGGAACAACAGUUUGUCUUCUUUAGCAAAUGUAACGGUAUCCCUCCUAUCAGUAAUCUACAUAAGCGGCAAUUCUUUCAAUUGUUGUGAAGCCACAUGGCUGCAGAGCCUGAAUGAGGCCAAUGUAACGAUCCCAGAUCUGAACAGCACCGAGUGUCUCCAUCCAGUCAAGAGCGUCAUCCCUCUUGUUCAAUUACAGGAUGUGUGCUGA